AUGAUUAUGAUGUUAGGUUUACUCUAUAUCUUAGCAUGUUGUUUCGUGUCCAUUCAUGGUCAUGGUUAUCUAUUAGAUCCAGUAGCUCGUAGUUCAGCUUGGCUUGUCGAUCAAUCAUUUAAACAAUGUUGUACUUAUCCUAAUCAUAUGGAAAUGUUUUGUGGUGGUACUCAACAUCAAUGGAAUGUUCAUGGAGGUAAAUGUGGUAUCUGUGGUGAAUCAUACGAUAGACCAGUUAAAGUAUUUGAAAAAGGUGGAGCUAUGUAUACAGGUAAAAUUGUCAAGACAUAUAAUCAAGGACAACAAAUCGAUGUAACUGUAGUUUUAACAGCUAAUCAUAAAGGUUAUUUUGAAUUUCGUUUAUGUAAUUUGGAUAAUAAUCCAAAUUCUGAUGCAACACAAGAAUGUCUUGAUCGUCGUCUAUUGAAAAUUGCUGGUACAGAUUCAACUAAAUUUCGUGAUGUUGAUAAAUAUGGUUCACAAGCAAUUACUGUUCGUGUUCAACUUCCAUCGGAUGUUGCUUGUCGACAUUGUGUUUUUCAAUGGAAAUAUACAACAGGAAAUAGUUGGGGUACAGAUCCUGUAACGGGUCAAUCAGGUCUUGGAAUGGGCAUUGAGAAUGAAACAUUUAUGGGUUGUUCAGAUAUUUCGAUUGUUAGUAAUGGUUCACCUACUCAAACAGAACCACCUAUAGUCGUACCAACAGAAGGUCCGCCAACAACUGCUCGACCAUCACCACCACCACAACCAACAACAACAAAUGCUCCACCACCAAGUGGUUCAACUACUUGGUCAUCUAAUGGUGUUCAGUAUAAAACUGGUGAUAUAGUAUUAUAUCAAGGCGCAAAGUUUCAAUGUAUCCAUGAUCAUACAUCGUUUCUAGGAGCUGAACCAGGCAUUCUUACUUGGGCUUGGUGGAAACCUAUAAACUAA